CAACAACUCACAAGUCACGACGUCACCUGCAUAAACACGAAUCAACUCAACAGCUUGACGGUCAUGCAGAAGUCCAUCACCUGCCAGCUUUAUUCACAUUCUACAGUCUGCUUAUCACAUCCAAGUUUCGCGCCCUCCUGUCAAAGCCCACUUCUUGCUUGGCUUUCGCUCGUCGACUUUCGUCGAAUUCUACUGCUCCUCAACUUAGCAGCUUAGGGUUACAAACGCGCUCACUUGGACACUAUGGCAUCGACAGCGACCACCUCUUCACUCCCCGCUCCACCUCCUCCCAAAAUCUACGCAGCGCGAUCCAAAGCUCCCAUAAGAAGCGUCAUACCUCACAAGAUUGCGCUGGCCCUAUUGACACCCAACAACGUGGGCCAAUUGAGAAGGUUGAACUCUGUACUUUUCCCAGUCAGAUUCUCGGAUGGGUGGUACAAGGAUGUGUUGCACAAGGAUGUGGCUGCGAUUUGCAAACUUGCGCUGUUCAAUGACAUUCCAGUGGGCAACAUCUGUUGCAGGUACGAGCGAGAGGGAGAUUCAGAAGUAAAGGUGUACAUCAUGACGUUGGGCGUAUUGGCUCCUUACAGACGAUUAGGCAUCGCUUCGGAGCUUCUGAGGCAUCUGCUCACCGUAGCUGGAGUAGGCACAUCCGUCUCCUUGCGCGAUCCAAACGCGCCUGCUCCGAAAGCUCCAUCCGCGUCCACAUAUAGCAAAAGCAGCAACAGCAACAACACUAAUGCGGCUUCCAAAAGCUCAAAGGAUUCCAAAGCAACAUCGGCAAAGACGGAAGAACCGAAGAGGGAAAGCAGAACGGUGAAGAGCCUCUACCUGCACGUUCAGACUUCGAACGACGAAGCAAAGGCAUUUUACGAAUCCCAAGGUUUCAAGCACACCGGCACGGUGCAGGACUAUUACAAGGUCGGGAUCGAACCCAGGAGCGCUUGGGUAUUGGAAAGAAUUGCAUAAAUUCAUGGCAGUGGAUGACCAGGACGGUGAAGCAGAGCGACAAAUUUGAUUUUGUGCACGCCCCUUUCGCCUCUCUUCAUGGAAGAAAUGUACGAGUAACCUGUCUUCGUGUGUCGCGAAAACGAGCCCAGCGCUGGCAAUCCUGUCGGACUACUUCUCAGCACGGCGCACCUUGCCCUAAUACGUGGCUUGAGUGGACGCCUCCGCGCUUGGAAUGUGAAUUCCGUUU